CCGGCGCCGCCCAGGCGCCGCAGACCUCAAGCGCGGCGGUCGCCUGCUUGCUUCGUACCCGCCGCCCGGCCUCACGCUGCCCUGGCGUCGUCCACGUCCUCGUCGUCGCCGCCCGCGCGCGGCCGGGCCCUGCCCCCUACGGCCCCCCGGACCGAGGCGGAGGGCGAGACCAUGGACGCCGAGCUGGCGGUGGCGCCGCCCGGCUGCUCGCACUUGAGCAGCUUCAAGGUGGACAACUGGAAGCAGAACCUGCGCGCCAUCUACCAGUGCUUCGUGUGGAGCGGCACCGCUGAGGCCCUCAAGCGCAAGGCUAAGUCGUGCGUCUGUCAUGUCUGCGGUGCCCACUUGAACAGACUCCACUCCUGCCUCUACUGUGUCUUCUUUGGCUGUUUCACAAAGAAACAUAUUCACGAACAUGCAAAGUCUAAACGACACAACCUGGCCAUAGACCUCACGUAUGGAGGUAUAUACUGCUUUUUGUGUCAGGACUACAUAUAUGACAAAGACAUGGAGAUAAUCGCCAAAGAGGAACAAAGGAAAGCAUGGAAAAUGCAAGGCGUCGGGGAGAAGUUUUCAACUUGGGAACCGACCAAACGGGAGCUUGAACUGCUGAAGCACAACCCGAAAAGGAGAAAGAUCACCUCUAACUGCACCAUAGGCCUGCGAGGGCUGAUCAACCUUGGGAACACGUGCUUCAUGAACUGCAUCGUGCAGGCGCUCACCCACACACCGCUCCUGCGAGACUUCUUCCUUUCCGACAGGCACAAGUGCGAGAUGCAGAGCCCUAGCUCGUGUCUGGUCUGCGAGAUGUCUUCGCUCUUCCAGGAGUUUUACUCUGGGCACCGGUCCCCCCACAUCCCGUACAAGCUGCUGCAUCUGGUGUGGACGCACGCCCGGCACCUGGCGGGGUACGAGCAGCAGGACGCCCACGAGUUCCUCAUUGCAGCGCUGGAUGUCCUUCACAGGCACUGCAAAGAAGUCAAGGAGAUCUUCUUAGGAAAUGGAAAAAAGAAGAAAAUUGAAAAUCCAGGCGAUGAUAAUGGGAAGAAGGCCAGCAACCCCAACCACUGUAACUGCAUCAUCGACCAGAUCUUUACGGGUGGGCUGCAGUCGGACGUCACCUGCCAGGUCUGCCAUGGGGUCUCUACAACCAUAGACCCGUUCUGGGACAUCAGCUUGGAUCUGCCUGGCUCUUCCACCCCAUUCUGGCCUCUGAGCCCAGGGAGUGAGGGCAGCAUGGUGAAUGGGGAAAACCACGCGUCAGGCACCACCACACUUACAGACUGCCUGCGGAGAUUUACCAGACCAGAGCACCUAGGAAGCAGUGCCAAAAUCAAAUGUAGUGGUUGUCAUAGCUACCAGGAAUCCACUAAGCAGCUCACCAUGAAGAAAUUGCCCAUUGUUGCCUGUUUUCAUCUUAAACGGUUUGAACACUCAGCCAAGCUGAGACGGAAAAUUACCACGUAUGUGUCCUUCCCCCUGGAGCUGGACAUGACCCCUUUCAUGGCCUCAAGCAAAGAGAGCAGGAUGAAUGGGCAGUACCAGCAGUUGACGGAUAGCCUGAACAAUGACAACAAAUACUCCUUGUUUGCGGUUGUUAACCAUCAGGGGACCUUGGAGAGUGGCCACUACACCAGCUUCAUCCGGCAGCACAAGGACCAGUGGUUCAAGUGUGACGAUGCUAUCAUCACCAAGGCCAGCAUCAAGGAUGUGCUGGACAGUGAGGGAUACUUGCUGUUCUAUCACAAGCAGUUCCUGGAAUACGAAUAGUCUUAGCAGCAGCUGGUCAGAAUGAAGGGAAUGAGUUGGCAAGCCUCACCGCAACCCCCUGCCCUCCUGCUGUGGAGACACCACCACCCACUCAGGAGCCACCACCCUGGUUGGGCUCCCUGGCCUGGGCCGGAGGAUGGGGAGCAGGGUUGCCCAGGAUUCAGGUGGUUUUCACGGACCAGCUCUGCAGUCAGGGACGAGCUCCAGGAAUUGCACAAAAGAGAAAAUUAAAUGCAGGGUGUGCACUUGGGUGGGGAAGGAGCAGAGUAGACCUGUCACUGGUCAUAUCCUGUGCUCCUCAAAAAAAUGUGGGGGCAAGUGGUGGGGGGUGCCCUCAUCAGCACAGAGCAUCUCCUGCUUGUGCUUCAUUUCUAAUUGACCAGUGGGUAACAAUGAAAAAAGCCUUAAAAAGGCCCAUUUAACAGUUUUUAUAGGCACAUUAAAGCCAUCAAAUAGAGGAGACAAGGAUAUUAUGCAAGGACAAAGGACUUUGCAAGUAUCUUUGUAUUUGUGAGUUCUAGUAUUAAAUACAUAUAGUCUGAUAUUCUUAGCUGGGUGUUUUCAGCAGAUACAAAGAACAACCCACAGGGUUGUGGAACUGAGGACCGAACUUGGGGUUCCAAGCAUGUCUUUUCUGCAGAUAACUUAGCAUCAAACUGCAUGUUGAAGCAUCAGCCCAGAUGUUCUCUCUUUGUUUUCUAGAAAUAGGCAUUUUCUUAUCUCCCUCCUCCUUUUUGAUGGUGAAUUUCAUAAUUGUAAUAGUAGUAAAGUGAAUGAAUUACCGAGUUUAUACUGAAAUUUAGAUUUUUCCCCUUAAUUCUAGAGAGUGACUCUUGCUUUUUCAAUGUUGCUGUUUUGUUGCUUCCUUCCCCUCCCCACUGCCCGCCUGGGACGCGUCUGUGCCACUGUUGGCGGGGGGGAUGGGGGAGAACCGGCCAUAGCUAGUGAGGGGCUCGGUAGUACGGGACCCUUUUAUGUGGUGGAACAUUUUCUGUGGUGCUUGCUGGUUCCCUGUGCGUCUUCAACCCCACCCCCCUCUGCUCGGUGGCUGUGUGUCGGAUUUGAAAUAGUGUGGCUUCACGUGGAGACUGCCUCAAACUGCUCUGCGUCCUGCUUUCCAUGUUGUGUCGUUAUGACUGUAGCGGAAAUGACUCGUAAUACGAGCUUGUCAGGAGAACAAAUGGAGGAAAUAGAAUAUUUGUUCCUUGUAAGAUAUCUUGCACGUGUCUGUCUAAACCUAAACUUAGAUUUCCAUUUUGGAGACAAUUUUUUCCAUUUAUAACCUAGGGGCUUGGGGGAGGGAACAUGGCUUUUGCCGGGUUUGUGGUAUAACUAUCUCUGUAGCUGCCUGUCUCGGACCUGUCCAUUCUUUAUUCUAGAGAAGAAUUAGAGUAAGCCAUUUCAAGAGUCAGUAAAACUUUUUCUGUAAAGAGCCUGAGUAAAUGCUUUAGGCUUUGAGGGCUAAAGGGCUUUGUCGCGAAAGCAGCCAGAGGCAGUACAGAGAUGAGUAGAUGCUUCUGUGUGCCAGUGAAACUUAUUUAUGGAUACUGAAAUUUGGAUUUCACAAAAUUUUCACAUCAUGACACGUUACUUUGAUUUUAAAAAAAAAUUUAAAAAUAUGAAGCUACUCUCAGCUCACAUACCCUACAAAAACAGGGUGGCAGCCAUAUUUCGCCCUGGACUGUGGUUGGUCAGCCCUGACAUAACUCAUUAGCUAGUUGCGGGAGGUGGUAGUAACAGUAGGAGUUGAGUAGCAACUGCUCCAGGUACUAGAAUACAUAUAAUGAGCAUUAUUUACUGCAGAAUCAUCACGUGUGGAAAAUCCUGAGUGGUAGUUUAAAACAGUUACCCAGUUCAUUCUCUGCUGUGUUCCAGCCUACAGAACACAGCCAAAGUGUGUUUUGAGAUGGCAGUCGUUGUCGGAGACGUCCCAAAAUGGCCCCAUGUGGCCAAGUUCCAUGCAGUUGUGUGGCUAAGCGAUCAAGCUUUCUUAUUUGGGGGCCAGGACAAGGCGUUGUCCUUUAAUAAGGAACACAUCUAAUGGAAAGGAGGGUUCAUGUAAGUUGGCCUACAGAAUGCUGGGCCAUGCUGUCUGCCUGGAAACGCCUGCCACCUCGCUUGCGUUACUGGGCUGUCCUGAGUGCGGUGUGACACAGCACAUGUGCUUGUCGUGGGCUGUUAUGCAGGCUGCCUGUGGUUAGACUGGUCCUGUCCACUCGAUGUGAUAGUCCUGAGCUGUGGCGGCUAACCCCUGACCCCCACAUCUAUCUCCAUCUCCUCUUUGUCGGCCUCCCCCAACCCCAUUCCCAUCCCCUCUCGUGUCUACCAAGGACCGAGGGAGCUGCAUUGGUUGUCCCUGGACUUAUUUUCCACUGUUUGCAUCUAGAGUAACUCCCCUUAUUUGCACUCAGCCAGACUUGGCUCAGGUGGAGCUGAUGGAGCCUCUGUCUCCAGAGUGGGCACAGAUUCCGGGCUUGCUUGGCCACACCUCUGCCUAUGCUGUCUGCAUGAGCGCCUGCAUUUGACACCCGGGCUUGGGUUUGCCUUUUGAGAAACAGAUGGGUUUGAGGAUUUCUUCUCUUGUAGCCCUAGCCAAGUUUAGGACAGCUGUUUUCCUAUUCCCUGAUAACCACCCUGCGUAGUGUUCACAUUGUCACAAAGUAGAUUUCAUCACUGAGGACCUCAUCGUGUGCCCUUCCUCACCCUGCCAGUGUAUUGAAACAGCAUGUACCUCUGAGCUGCCACCGUUAGCACAGUGCUCUGAAACCCGAUGCUGGGUCGCCUCACAGAUAUCCUAAGGGAUGUUUGGUUGACCAUCAGGGCAGCGUUCCAGAGCCCCGUGCUGGGUCUCCUCUCACAUUUCCUAAGACAAUGUUUUGAGCAUAGACCGUUUACUGGCCCAAGGGCAACUCAAGGGUUAAGUGGAUGGCCACCCUUGGAGCUGGGCUGGGUCUUCUUCCUCCUGUCAGGCGCUGGCACUCUCCGGGACUCCCUCUCCCAGCAGUGCAUAUACCUGAGUGCUGCCAUAGUCGUAUGCUUCGUUUGUAUAAAACUGCUGUUCUUCUGACAACCUAAGUGACUGUUUUAUUUACUAUAACUCUGAAAACAAAAAUUGUCAGACAAAUUUCAGUGAUUGUGCUGUGAUUGGAUGUUUACACCUGCUCUCACCUGUCUCUCUGAGGAGCUAUGUGACUUUCCCUCUCCUCCCCCAGUGGCUGUAGUGUUUCCUGUGUCAUAAUAAAGCUGCGUUUUAUCCUGA